UUUUCAGCACUUGGCGAAACGAAAUCUUCCCGGAAAUGAGGAGCUUGGUCGCACUGCUCCCGAUCAUCUGCUUUGUAGCAGCAGAGGUCUACUUCAAGGAGGAGUUCUUAGAUGACUCUUGGGAGGAAAGAUGGGUGCAGUCAAAGCAUAAGGAUGAUUAUGGAGAGUUCAAAUUGUCUGCUGGUAAAUACUUUGAUGACGAGAAGCGAGACCAAGGAAUAAAGACUAGCCAGGAUGCAAAAUUCUACUCCCGUGCAGCCAAGUUCCCCAAACCUUUCACGAACAAGGGCAAGACUGUUGUUAUACAGUUCACGGUUAAGCACGAACAAGGAAUUGAUUGCGGCGGCGGCUACGUCAAGGUAAUGAGCUCGGAUGUUGAUCUUACCGAUUUCCAUGGUGAGACUCCAUACAAUGUAAUGUUUGGUCCCGAUAUCUGCGGUCCGACAAAGAAGGUUCAUGCCAUCCUCAGCUACAAGGGAAAGAAUCACCUCAUCAAAAAAGAUAUCCGAUGCAAGGAUGACGAACUUACCCAUCUGUACACCAUGAUACUGAAUGCUGACAACACUUACGAAGUGCAAAUUGAUGGCGAGAAAGUCGAGAGUGGAGAACUCGAGGCAGACUGGGACCUCCUUCCAGCCAAGAAAAUCAAGGAUCCCGAUGCGAAAAAACCCGAAGACUGGGAUGAGAGAGAAUACAUCGAUGAUGCUGAGGACAAGAAGCCAGAAGACUGGGACAAGCCAGAGCACAUCCCUGACCCAGAUGCAAAGAAGCCCGACGAUUGGGAUGAUGAAAUGGAUGGAGAAUGGGAGCCCCCCAUGAUCGAUAACCCUGAGUACAAGGGAGAGUGGAAGCCGAAGCAGAUCAAAAAUCCCGCCUACAAAGGAAAAUGGAUUCAUCCUGAAAUCGACAACCCAGAGUACACUCCUGAUGAUGAGCUCUACCUGUACAAAGAUUGGGGAGCAAUCGGUUUCGACCUUUGGCAAGUAAAAUCUGGCACAAUCUUUGACAACAUAAUUGUUACCGACUCCGUCGAAGAGGCUAAGGCUCAUGCGGCAGAGACAUUCGAGAAGUUGAAGACGGUCGAAAAGGAGAAGAAGGAGAAAGCCGACGAGGAAGAGAGGAAGAAGUUGGAAGAGGAAGCCAAGAAGAGAGAGGAAGAAGAGAAGAAAAAGAAGGAGGAGAAGGAAGAAGAAGAGAAAGAAGAGGAAGAAGAAAAGGCGGAAGAAGCUCACGAAGAAUUAUAAAUUUUGCCAAGCUCCGUUGUUUCGGGUCGGGUGACCACUUUCACGAUUUGUGGAUUCUGGUCUCAUUUCUAGCCCUUUUUGUUUGAGUUGUUGUUUUUUAUUGAUUAUUAUCAUGUUUUGCUUCACCAAUUCAUAAGGUGUCGUGGUU